AUGCUUAGUGGCAUUGACUUGGACUCAGGAAUCAGGUUGAAACAAGCUUUUGUCUCUGUUUACAUGUCAUUGGAUUUUCUAAGUCUGGGAAAUCUGACCAUCUUCUUAAAAACCAGGAUGCUUGAUGACACAAACAAAUUAUCCAAGUGCGUCCAGAUUGCACGACUCUAUUUGGAGGAUGGUGAUGAUGCAGUGAAUGCUGAAGCCUUUAUCAACAAAGCCUCGUUUUUGGUUACAAACAGCAACCAGGAAAUUCUGAACUUACAAUACAAGGUCUGCUAUGCGAGAAUUUUAGAUCUAAAGCGUAAAUUUUUGGAAGAUGCACUUUGA